AUGCCUCCGCCGGCAGCACGUGUCGGGCACAAGCAGGCCGUCGUGUCGCUGCCGCGGUCCUCACGGUUUCCCUCGCUGCCGAUUCUCCUGCUUCUCGCUCUCGGAACCGUGCUUCUCGCGCGCUGGCCGGUUCUGCGCGGCCACGUGGCGGGCGAUUCGAGGGUCGACGCGGUGGAUUUGAUUAUGGUCGGUCAGAGCUGGGCUUCUAACGAGGAUGAAAUAUAUAAACUUGAUAAGGAAAAUCAUGGUGUAGCUGGCAUUAGCGGGGCGGAUGGUAAAGGAGGAGAGCCAAUUGAACGAAUAGAGUGGGCACGGAAAGAGAGCGGAUGGGCGGAAGAGGAGGGGGAGCUGCUGGGGAAUGGGGAAGAUCUCGACAGCCGCAGGGAUUCCGGGGAGGCGGAACGAGUGGGGGAGUUAUCGCAAGAGGGAAAGGGGGAGAUGGCGAAAGGUGAGAAUGGGGACGAUGAAGGAUCUGCGGAAAGAGGAGGGAGAGAAGCGGGGCGGAGAACGAGGGAGGGGCGGCGACGGGGGACGACGAGAGAGGAGGGGGGAAGGGAGUUGACGGGUCAGGGGGGCGCGCGGAGCGACGAUACGGCGGAAGAAGGGUCUGCGGACGCGAAGAUGCGCGGAAACGAUCAGGGCAGCGCCGUCCGCUUCACCCCCCUGCAGGGCUUUCUAGAGGAGGCGGAGAAAUGGCAUGCGGGGCUGGGAGGGCGGAAUGUGGGAGGAGAUGGGGGGGAGGCGGAAGGAGCAGGCAGCGGAGCGGAAGGAGAAGGGGGAGGGGCAGGCGGGAAAGCAGCGGAGGAAGGUUCGUUGCGGUUUCCUGUGCGGGUGGUGACGGGGCGCGUGAGGACAAGGCGGCUAGUGGGCGACGACGACACGGCGCUAAUCGUGCGGGCAGUGAAUUACGGAUUUGCUGCGUGCGAGUUCAGCCCGUUCCACUCGAAGCCGCGCCACGAGGUGCGUGUGUGGGGAUUGGCGUGGGGGGAACUGGAGUUAAUUACGGCUUUGCUGCGUGCGAAUUCAGUCCGUUCCAAUCGAAGCCGCGCCACGAGCAACCACAGCGCCAGUCAGCAUCAGCUUGAGCUGCCAGUGCUGGCAUUCCAGGUGCCCCACUCCCUCUUCCUCCCCUUUUUGUCCCACUCCCUCUUUGUCCCCUCCACCCUCUCCCCUCCUUUACCCCCUCUCCCCCAACAGAAGGACCACCCCAUUGCCAGCAACCACAGCACCAUUCGGCAUCGGCCCUUGCUGCUGGCGCUGCCAAGGACCUACCCCAUUGCCAGCAACCACAGCACCAGUCAGCACCGGCCAGAGCUGCUGGCGCUGCCAUUCCAGUUGACUCCUUCUCAUUCUCCAUUCCCCCAUUUCCCCUCUUCACCCCCUUCCCCAUUCCUACAGAAGGACCACCCCAUUCAGAGCAACCACAGUGCCAUCCAGCAUCGGCCAGAGCUUCUCGCGCUGGCAGCGGAGAUGGGGGGGGCGAUGGGUGGGGGGGACUAUGACGCGGUGCAUGUGAGGCGAGGGGACAAGCUCAACCCCAACAUGUGGCCUCACCUGGACAGAGACACACGACCCCCCGCGUGA